AUGCAACAUUUGUGGGUUCUCGUACCUAUCGCAUUGGGUGUAUGUUUAGGCGUGGUAUCUGUAACAGGAGAUGAUAGGUGCCGCAAACAGAAUAUGGAUGUAGCGAUUUUCGGUGACAUAUCAAGGAGUAUGAGGAAGCAACACCGCAAACAGAUGAUCAGCUUUAUUGAAGGGUUACUUGACAAAACUCUUGUUUCCGCCGACGGAAAUCAUGUUGCUCUUGGCACAUUUGGAGAUUCUGCUGAUGUUGCUAUCAUGUUUAACGAAGAGGUAUUCCAAGAUACAAGCAAUCUGAAGAAGGCUGCAAAAGCAAUGUUCAUGGUUAGGCCAAAGUUAGUUGGAACUCGUACAGAUCUUGCUUUGGACCUGGCUAGCAGGAAAGUGUUUACAGCAGCUGGAGGGGACAGACCCGAAGCCAAGAACAUCUUACUUGUCGUAACUGAUGGAAAACCUUACAUCAGAAAGAAAGACAAGAAACCAUUUAUUCCUUUUGAAACGUCAACGAAAGCGUUGGAGGCUGAAGGUGUUCUCGUCGUCGUUGUUGGGGUUGGUCCAGCUGUGGAAAAUGAAAAGGAGAAAAUGGAAGAGGUUGCUGGUGAAAAAGGCAUUGCUCUUUUGGUCCCGAGCUUUGACAUACUAAGCGAUCAUUUAGACGAGGUCUUAGAACUUUAUUGUGCAAUUGACGGCAAUUACACCGAGUGGAAGGAGUCUGACUGCAGUGUGACGUGUGGAGGAGGAGUAAUGACACUUACAAGAACCUGUACCAAUCCUCCGCCGUCUAAUGGUGGAAAGGACUGCAGUGAACUGGGACCGGCUGAAAAGACACUUGCAUGCAACGAACAAGAAUGCCCAAUUGAUGGCGGAUACACCGAAUGGGAGGAGUCAGAGUGCAGUGCGACAUGUGGAGGAGGAGUAAUAACUAAAACAAGAACUUGUACCAAUCCUGCUCCACAACACGGUGGAAAGGACUGCAGUGAUCUGGGACCAGCUGAAAUGACACUUUCCUGCAACGAGCAAGAAUGCCCGAUUGAUGGCGGAUACACCGAAUGGGAGGAGUCUGAGUGCAGUGCGACAUGUGGAGGAGGAGUAAUAACUAAAACAAGAAAUUGUACCAAUCCUGCUCCACAACACGGUGGAAAGGACUGCAGUGAACUGGGACCAGCUGAAAUGACACUUUCCUGCAACGAGCAAGAAUGCCCGAUUGAUGGCGGAUACACCGAAUGGGAGGAGUCUGAGUGCAGUGCGACAUGUGGAGGAGGAGUAAUAACUAAAACAAGAACUUGUACCAAUCCUGCUCCACAACACGGUGGAAAGGACUGCAGUGAACUGGGACCAGCUGAAAUGACACUUUCAUGCAACGAAGAAUCAUGCGCUAUUGAUGGCAACUACAUUAAGUGGACUUGUGAGCACUUAAUUAAGGACAAAGAGAUUUGA